UCCCAAUCUUUCUUGAUAACAAUCCAGCGGCAACAUCAUAUUCUCAGACAUAUUUAUAGUUAUCUCCACUGUUGUAGCCAUCUUUCUUACUCCACCUUCUCUCCCUCAUCCAACUGGGUUAGGGUUAGUUAUUAGAAGUAGAAUUAGGGUUAGGGUUAGUUUCCUUUCCGGCGUAAAAUGUGACACUUCCAAAACCCCAAAUUCUAUCAUCCCACCACCAACAAUGUACGAUCCCAUGAACCAGAUCGUUCCCGCCGAAGACAACGACGCCUCUGACCAACACAUCCAUUACAGCUCCCACAGUAUAGAAAACGUUGGCGCCAUCGUCGAACACGUUUCCGCCGACUCCCUUUACGUUCCACCCCCUGAAAUCUCUAUCCACGAUUCUAGCCAGCUCACGCUCUCGUUUCGGGGCCAAGUCUAUGUCUUCGAUGCCGUCACACCUGAUAAGGUCCAAGCAGUUUUAUUGCUCUUAGGAGGAAGUGAACUAACUUCGGGCUCGCAAUGUGCGGAGGAACUAUCCCCUCAAAAUCAUGCGGGUGCAGCAGAAUUUCCUGCAAGAUGCAGUCUACCACAGCGAGUAGCAUCGUUGAAUAGGUUCCGUCAGAAGAGGAAAGAGCGGUGCUUUGAUAAGAAAGUUAGAUAUAGUGUACGUCAAGAAGUUGCACUCAGGAUGCAUCGUAACAAGGGUCAAUUUACUUCAUCUAAGAAACAAGAUGGAGCUAAUAGUUGGGGUUCAGACCAAGAGUCAGGACAGGAGGCUGUUCAAUCUGAAACCUCUUGUACGCAUUGUGGAACAAGUUCAAAAUCCACUCCAAUGAUGCGAAGGGGGCCCUCUGGUCCAAGGUCACUUUGCAAUGCUUGCGGGCUUUUUUGGGCAAACAGGGGCACUUUGAGGGAUCUUUCUAAGAGAAACCAAGAACUCUCUCUUGUGCCACUUGAGCAGGAAAUGAGAUAAUAUGAAAAGCAAAGAUGAAGUGCCAUGGAGAUGGAGCUUAGAAAGGCCUGGAAAAGCACUAGAAGGAAGGAGUGCUCGAAGCUUGAGCGCCCUUUUUGGAGGCUUGAGCGCAGAAGAGUGUCGCUCACCGUCCGGGCGCCCCUUUUGGAGGCUUAAGCGCAGGGAACCAUCGCUCACCGCCCAGGCGCCCUAAGUGGGGCGCUUGAGUGCCAGUGACACGGGCCUGGGCCUUGUUCUGUUCUGUCUUCGCUCUAUUUAAAGGACACAGACGUCCUAAGUUUUGUAUCUUUGGCUGGAGGAGGGCAACAACACACCCUCUAGAGACGAAUUUGGAUGCGGGAGCUUCCAUCUUCUACUUUUAGGGUUUUUCUAUCUCAUUCUUCUCCAUUGUUCAUCUAGUUUCACCAUGUCUAUGGUGAACUAAACUCUAUUUGUUGUUGGGGGAUGAUGU